AUGGCCGAGGCAGUCGGGCUGGUCGCGAGCGUCAUCGCGAUCGGCCAGGUCGCGGGCGCGGUGGGCAAGGCGGCGAUCAAGCUCAAGGGACUCUGGGAACAGGUGAGGGACGUGCCGGAGCAGAUCGCCGACCUGCUCGAGGAGCUCGAGAUGCUGGACCCGCUGCUCAGGGAGAUCGACAAGCAGCUGGGCCAGAACAGCCUCCCGCCGGAGCUCUGGGACGACUCGUCCACCAAGCUUAGCAAGGAGUACUGCCGGCGGGCUAUAGAUGCCCUGUUGGGGAUGGCGAAUGAUCUGAGUCGGGAUAUCGCUGAGUCUAAGGGGAGGCUUAGGAAGAAGAUUGCGUCGGCGAAGGCGGUCCUCAAGAAAGACGCGCUUGCUCAGCAUGAGAAGAAGCUCAAGAAGGCAAUGGGGUUGCUGAAGUUGUCUAUGGAAUGCUAUUCCUUGGCCAUGACCCGCGUCUCCCACGAGAUGGUGAGAAGCAGUCUAACUCAGGUGUCGACUGAAUUAGAAGUUAUCGUGCAAGUCCCCCAGCCCGAUCCGGGAAGAAGAGUGGCCAGUGUGGGACGGGUGGACAUUGAUGAGGAUGAGGCUGAGGAUAAGGACGAGGAUGAAAAUAAGUCGCAUAAACGUUUGCCAGUCACAACUGUCCGUGGGAGGCUGAAGACCACUUAUGGGAAACCAUUUCGUCGAAAGGCCUUUAAACCUAAUUUCUUCGGCUUCCUUUACGAAUCUUCCCCGGACGGGAAGAGUUAUCGCGUUCGCUUGCAGCCCCCCAUGUGGUUGACAAAGAGGAUCUGGGAAUUCGAAUCACGAAGAGCCUACAGCGGUUGGCAGCAGAUCAACCUCCGCAUCUACAACAAACGGGAGAAGGACUCCGAGAUCUUUGCUUUGGCCGACUUUGGCCAGCUCGAUCGGAUGCUGGAAAUGUUUGAUAACGAGGAAGCAUCGCCGUUCGACUGUGAUCCUGAAGGCCGGUCAUUGCUUCAUUAUGCUGUUUUCCAGAACCAUUCCGAGAUGUGCCAGACUCUGAUCGAGCUUGGGCUUGACUCCUGCAUUGACGAGCCGGGGUUUCUUGAGACUCCUAGAAUGUCAACUGUCCGGUGGGACUUUUCGUAUGCCGGUAUAUUGAGGGGUCCUUCCUCAGACAUAGCGUAUUUAGAGGCAAGAAUCGCAAUCAUGGACCUCUUCUGGAAGUUCGACUUCGACGAUGAUGCGGCGGGCGUCGGCCAGGUUGAUACCGAGGUCCGUACGUGGGAAGCUGAUUUCCUAUCACAGCAACGGUGCCAGGAUGUUACAUCCUACCACUCCUUGCCCCUGAAGCACCGACUAUUGGCUGUUCGGAACAAUGUCUACAGGGAGCAGUGGCGUGAUUACCGGCCGGACUCACUGAGGUACCUUAUCAACGCGGAUUGCCGCCUUCUUCGGAGGGACAUCACGGAAUCUGUUCGCGAGGGCGUCUCGCUGAUUCACUCAUGCGCCCUGGCCCUCGGAAAUAAGCGUGCAGUUGCGGGUUCUCUAUCUGAGGGUUGGAAUAAGCUCACGCGGGAGAUUAUCUUGGCGUCCACCGUCGACGACCUCCAUACCGUCGAGGAAUGCACGAUAUACCAGGAUAGCUGGACAGGGACGCCGUUGAUCUCUCUACUUCACGGGUUGGCGAUUCGGGGCAGCACGAAAAACAAGUGGAGGGCCACCUACAGCUCAGCGGUGAGGAAUUGGGUGGGACAAAUGAAGAAGUGUGGCAUCGACCUCGUGCAGUAUGGCCGCCAAGAGAAGGCCUAUCUCUCGGGACACUUGAUCCAGGUCGAUUUCAAUUUCGAUGGGAAGUAUAGGGAGCCAUGGGAACUGCUGGAUCUCAAAUUUGGGGCCGAGCCAGAGGAUUGGGUCAUCAUCUGGAGUCUGAACACAUGGCAAAUAGCGGGAGAGUUCUUGGAGAUGGUCGAAACACCGCAGGAAACACCGCAGACCUGGACGCCUCGUCCUUCGAAGGCCAUUUUAACGGCCUCAAGGGCUGAAUCAGUGAGAUAUAGCAUGCCAGGAGAAUGGGUGUCUUGA